AUGUCGGUUGGUCAUUCGUCCAAAUCGAAUUACUCUAGAAUAUUUUCAUCUCUUGGCAAAAAACGUAGAACGUCCUUAUCUACUAUCAGAUCUAAUGAGUCGUUCGAGGGUUCGGUGAAACACAAUUAUGGAUUGAUAUACACAGCCGUUUGCUGCAAGUACAAGACGCGCCCUGUGCCGUGGGUAAAAUGUAGCGUUAAGACGAACUCCAUUGAAAUAUUGGGCGAUCGUAUGAAGGCUGAAGAUUGGCUAGCCGCGAUGGAAGCGCUGAUCACCGACACCGGUACCCAUCACGUGCGCAUAAAAAAUAAACGGUACACGGAACAGUUGGCAAAAAACUACGAAACGUUCGCUAGUGUCGUCGAAUCACCGAAAAACAUUCUCGCUGCGAGCACACUCUACGUAGUGCGGCUGAUCGCUACUUCCGUUUACGAAGUAAUGAUCAACACGACCGCACUGGUUUGCCUCGAACUGGAAAACGUGCUGUUCGACGAACAAGCUCUGGGAACUCUCAUUUCCGGUAUCGACACCAACCAAACGCUCCAGCACUUGUCCCUGGCCUACAGCCGCAUCGGUGACGACGCCUGUCUAUCGCUGUGCCGGGUGCUCAGGGACAAACCAAACAUCCGGUCGGUGGACCUGUCCGGAUGUUCCCUGAGCCGUUCGUCGGCCAAGUCUGGUCUGCUGGACGUGAUCAAAAAACAGCAGGUCAAGCGGCACGAAGAGUGUUGGGCGCACUCGCUGAGGUACAGGACCGCCAAUCCGGAUAUCAUGCACGGGCUGCGGAGGUUGACGCUCAACGACAACACCGGCAUCGGCGACGCUGGAGUGGCCGACCUAUUCGAGUCGUUGAAAGACGACCUAUACGUAAAGGCCGUGGACCUGCAGAAUUGUGGGCUCACCGACCGCGGCGCUCAGUUGGCGUUAUCCACGUUGAUGAUAAACGACUCGCUGGUCGUGUUGGACGUCCGGAAAAAUGCCACCAUAUCGUCGGCCAUGUUGGAGGCGAUCAUGACCAGGUUGUACGAGAACAACGUCAACAAAACGGAGACCAAACAGUGGAAAUGGACCAAGCUCGGGCGGGAAAACGUAUUCGAAUCGUCAUGCACAUUAUUGGCUUAA